CUAUCGACAGUAGUGUCAGAACCAUCUGGUAAUAGCACUUAUAUUUUCGAAUUUUUUUGUGGAAAUUGUUGAGGAAAAACAAAUUAUAUAAAGAGCAAGAAGCGAUGGCGACACGUGUGGUGGCAACAGCGACAGUGCGGGCGGUGACAGGUCGCAAGCUGAUCCCGACGCGGGCCGCUUUGACCCUGACUCCCGCGGCGGUGCUUCGCAUCAAGACCCUGCUACAGGACAAGCCGGACAUGGUUGGCUUGAAGGUGGGCGUCCGACAGCGAGGAUGCAAUGGUCUAUCUUACACGUUGGACUAUGCAAGUCAAAAAGCAGACAAGAUGGACGAAGAGGUAAUCCAGGAUGGCGUCAAGGUGUUUAUCGACAAGAAAGCUCAACUCUCGCUGCUGGGCACUGAGAUGGACUUUGUGGAAUCAAAGCUGUCAAGCGAGUUCGUGUUUAACAAUCCAAACAUCAAGGGCACCUGUGGAUGCGGAGAAUCGUUCAGCAUGUAAACCGACGGAGAUCCGUCGGCACCCGCCUCGCAGACCUAAAUUAACCAAGUUAAAUGCAGUAUGCGGCCUGACUUAGUAUCUCAAUUCUGUUGGCAAAAGCACCGCAUCCUUUGUAAAUUUUACUUCGCAAACGAAUUCUAAAUGUUAAGUUGUGUUCUAUAGUUAAAUUUUAGUUGUAGCGCUAGGUAAGUGACCCCCGCUUCCUGGCUGCAGGCUGGCAGUUUGUCCUUUUAGCCCUAGUUCAAUAUAUAGACAAGGAAUGUUCUAUGAAA